AUGAAAAUAUAAUUAUUAACAUCAAUAUAUUCACCCAAAAUAGCUCAUGAUUAAUUAAAUAAAUCUCCUGCCAAAGUUUAAUACACAUUUUCUAAAACGAACCGUUUUUAAAAAACUCGUUUAAGUUAUUGUUAAUCAGCAUUUUAUUAAUUGAAAUCCACAUUGAAUUAACGCGCCACAAAUUUAGGUUUAGGCCGCAAAAGUGAUUUUACGAAAAAAGAUAAGGAUAUUCCUGGUCCUAAUUAAUACUUAAUAAAAAGCUCUUUUGAUAAACAAUAGUCCAUCUAAAAAGGAAUCUCAUUUAAAUUAGGUAGAGAAGAAAUUAGUUUUCGAAAAAUGAAUGAAUAUACAUCAGUUCCAGGACCAGGGCAUUACAAUUAAGAUGAUUCUAAAUAAAAGAGAUUAUAUCAUUAUUCAUUAGGAAGAAAUACUCAAAGCACAUGUAAUAUUUUUUUAUUAAAAAUAAAAAUAUGUAUAUAAAUAGAAUUAAUUCCGAAUUAUAUUGUUAAAUUUAAGGAUAACCCAGGACCUGGAACUUAUUAUAUAUAAGGUAUGAAUAAAACUGGGAAAUAUUUUAUUUCGAAAUACAAUACUAGUAGAGCUGCUGUUUUUUCCCCUUCUACUUAAAAUAGAUUUUAAUUUUUAUAUAAAGGUAAAUAAAGUCCUGGACCUGGAUAAUAUGAAUAUGAAGGAUUAAGUAAAAAAGGAAUUUAUUAUAAUUCAAAGCUUAGAACAACUUCAGGAGGCAAAUUUUCAUAAAGUUAUAGAGAUACUAUUGGAAUUAGAGUUAAAUCUGAAGUUCCAGGACCUGGAAGUUAUAGAGUAGUAUCUGAAUUCGGGGAUACUGAAUUUCCUCCAAAUUAAUCAGUUAUAAUUAUAACAGGAGCAUCGUCAGGAAUAGGUAGGGAAUUAGCAUUAAGAUAUGCUUAAUAAAAUUGCAAAUUGUUGAUAUGUUCAAGAGAUAUAAAAAAGUUAAUUGAAGUUCAAGAAAUGUGUAAUUAACUAGGAGGAAUAACAAAUGUUAUUAAAUGCGAUGUUUCCUAAGAAAUCGAUUGUAAAAGUUUAAUUGAAGAAUGCAUUAAAUUAUAUGAAAAAAUAGAUAUCUUAAUAUUAAAUGCAGGAAUAAAUGCACAUAGUCCAUUUUAAGAAAUCGAAGAUAUACAAAUUUUCAGAAAAAUAAUGGACACAAAUUUUUUCGGAUAUGUAUAUCCAACCAAAUAUGCACUAUAACAUUUAUUAAAGAAUAAAGGAUAAAUAGUUGUACUUUCAUCUAUUUCAGGUGAAAUUGGUUUACCUUAUAGAUCAGCUUAUUGUAGUAGUAAAUUUGCAGUUACAGGUUUUUUCGAGUCUUUAAGAAUAGAAUUAAAUUAAAAUGAUAUUUCAAUAACAAUUAUAUGCCCUCCUUCUGUUAAAACUGAUAUGAGAAAUCAUGAUUUGUUAUAAAAAUACUAAUAAAAUGAUGAUGAAUUAAAUAGAAUGAGCGUUGAAGAAUGUGUUAAAAUAGUUAUGUUUGCAAUUAAAAAAAGAGCUAGAAAAAUUUUCUUUCCUUUUAAAGCAUAUUUUGCUGUAUAUUUAAGACCUUUUUUCCCUGAUUAUGUAGAUAGAAAGCUAAAAUAAGCCGCAAAAUUAUGA